AAAUGACGGUGACGUUUUGAAACUUGCUUUGUUAAUUUCGUGGUGAUUUACUUCAAGAGUUUGGAACGAGAUGUGGUUUGUAGUUUUGUAUUAUGUUAGAAGAUUGUCGACUUAAACUCUCAGCUCUAUUAACUAUUUCGGAGCAUCACUCAAAAGUGUGUUUUACUGCCAUAUGAGUGUUGAUAAACAUAACUUGAUUACUGAAGUGCAAUUAGCUGGUUAUAGACCCCGUUAUCGGCGCGCGUCCGCACAUCCAUCAAUUAGCAUCCAAUAGCGUUAUCUAAGAAUCACGGGAACGCGCGGCGACGUCACGGCGGAACGAUAAUGCAAUUACCCCGCGUAAUCUGCGGCGGCGCAACGUAGCGGCGGCACUACUGCCACAGCCAUGCGCGGGAGCACAGCCGGGCUCGCCGACACGCUCGCGAGCGGCUCGCGCGCGUAUUCCGCGCUGCUCGCAUGCGCGGAUGCGCUGUUCGCCAGCGUCGUGGUAGCGCCCGCCGUCGUCACCUACUGGAAGUCCACCUGGACGCUCAUGGACCUUUACGUGCUGCCAGAGGAAUCUGUUGCGAGCGCGGCCGCUUGUGCCGCUUUCGGGCUGUGCGUGGACUUGCUAAUGUGCGUGCUGCAGACACAGCUGACGGAGCAUCUGAGCCCGGAUCGAGGGCGGUUAACAUACUACGUGCUGUCACGGCUUUGCACGUGCGUGGCAGGCGUGGCGUGCGUGGGCGCGUGGCGUGGCGUUUGGAACCUGCUGAACGAAUGUACAGGCGACAACGCGCGCACGCUGCUCUCGACAACCGCGGCAGCCACGCUGUCGCUGGCGGCGCUGAGGACUUUGCGGAACAUCUGUGCUGUACCCUUCGCGGUGGCUGUGGAUUCGCCGCAGGACUUCUUCUACGUACCUACUAUGUUCCGUACGAGCAGCAGAGAGACGGCGCUGUAUGUGCUGGACUGCGUGUUCUCGGUGGCGGUGGUGGGCUCGCUGGUGGUGUUCGUGUGGCGCGGCUCUUGGGCGCUGCUGGACAUCUUCCUGUUCCCCGACGACCCGGUCAAGUCCUGCUGGACCUCUCUGAUCGUGGGCUACUCCGUGGUGAUCGCGACAUUCUCUCUCCAAGCACCGAUCCGCUGGGUGACCGCGCGGCUGCACGGCGCGCCUCGUCUUCUGCUUGCAGAUGUCUACCACCUGGUGUCCUUCAUCGCCACCGUCAACGUCUGGCGCGGCUUCUGGGGCAUGCUGGAUAUUUACUUCUUCCCUGAAACACCAAAACUCAGCAACUGGUGCUCGCAUAUCGCCAGCCUGGUUCUGCUGAUGCUCCUGAACUGCUCCAACUCGGUGCUGGUGCGAGGAGUGUACAUCGACGCCGAGGAGCCGGCAGGAGAAUGCGUGGUCUUCCCCUGCCACUACCUGCGACUGUUCUUCCACAAGGAGAGGACGAAGAAACGACACAAGAGGGCGCUCGCGACAGCGGCAACGAGAAAACCAGAAAUCGACUCAAGUAUGCCGUUACAAAAUCCAGAGGAAAAGGUGUAGCCAAUUCCAUCAAUGGCCAAGGUAUACCCUAAGCCCCGAAAGGUUCGGAGCCUGAACUCCAUGUUCCAACAAAAGCCGAAAGUGACGCUCGUUAUACAAGCGUCCCUAUGGCCAAAUAUUCGGCCAAGGGUUCGGCAAAAUGCCAGGAGUCAUCGGGAUUGGUGCGGCCAAAGACUUUGUUGUUGUGUUAACUUGUUGCUUAGUUGUACCGAGAUGCCCCAGUGAUUGCAUUUGUAAAGUACCAAAUUGUUCUUCAUUGAUUUCGUGUUUACUAAGACUACCUCCAAUUCUUCCAUUAGGAUUAAACUUGAACUCUAUUAAUAUGUGCUGUUAAA